AUGGACACCGAGGCGCCGACCCACCCAGGCUUAUGCCGGACAGUGUCCCUGCUCUGGUUAUUGCUGCUACCGCCCUUGGCCACCUCAAGACAGCAACGGUCCCCAUCCACGGCCACUCCUGCCCCGGUUCCCGGCGAGACAUUGGAGAGCUGUGCCCCCGCCUCCUCUGUUCAGCGGUUGGCCCCAGGAGUCCGAGCCGGGGUUGUCUCUACAGUGUGUGGGAAGCCCAAGGUGAUGGGGAAGAUCUAUGGUGGCCAGGACGUGGUCCCUGGCCAGUGGCCAUGGCAGGCCAGCCUGCUCUACCGAAACUUGCACAUCUGCGGAGCUGUCCUCAUCGACUCCUGCUGGCUGGUUUCCACUGCCCACUGCUUUCUCAACAAAUCCCAUUCCCCAGAGGACUACCAGAUUCUGUUGGGAAGCACCCAGCUGUACCAGCACACCCAGCACACCUGGAAGAUGUCAGUGAACCGGAUUAUUAUGCACCCAGACUUUGAGAAGUUCCACCCUUUCGGAAGUGACAUAGCCAUGUUGCAGCUGCACCUGCCUGUGAAUUUCACCUCCUACAUUAGUCCUGCCUGCCUCCCAACCCCUGGAAUGCAGCUGCCCAGUCACUCAUCCUGCUGGAUAACUGGCUGGGGGAUGCUCAGCGAGGACACACAUCUACUCCCACCCUUCCAUCUCCAGGAGGGCAAAGUGAAUCUUAUUGAGAACAAGUUCUGUAAUAUGUUAUAUGAGCAAAGACUUGGCAAAGGCAAGACCUACCCUGUGCAUGAGGAGAUGCUAUGCUCCGGGGACUUCUUGACAGGAAAGGCCAUCUGCCAAGGUGAUUCCGGGAGCCCCCUCGUCUGUGACCUCCUCAAUGCCUGGGUUCUGGUAGGGCUGGCCAGCUGGGGCUUGGACUGCCGGCACCCCAUCUACCCCAGUGUGUUCACCAGUGUCACCUACUUCUCUGACUGGAUCAACGAGAUCCAGAGGCUCACACCUCCUCCUGAUGCCACAGCUGCUCUUCCUCAGACCCCAUUUCCACACCCACCUCUGCAGGCUAAAGGCUCUCCUGGGCCUGGCACAGCCUUCAUGUCUACACAGACCUGGCUCUCACUGCUGUCUGUGCUCAGGGCCCAGUGGCAGGUCCUGCAGUGA